AUGCCUCAUCAGCUCGAAACACAAGUGCUGGCCAAAAGGCUCAAGGGCCAGAAGCUGGUGAUUCCUGAUCUCAAGCCCAUCUUCUCACAUUGGCCAAGUUUGGCAAAUGAAAACUAUGGCCGGAUGAAGGAUGUGGUUGACAGAAAGCUACCUCACAUACUCCCAAGUGCAAAACAUCAACAAGCCGUCAAGGACGCAGAUCCAGCUUUAUUAGCAGCCAGAUGGUGGCCCACAUCAACUUGGGAAGCUUUCCAAGUCAUGACAGAUUUGACCAUAUGGUUCGGCAUUUGGGACGACUAUGUUGAGCGGCUCGAGGAUCCAGACGAAGCCGAAGAGUUCAGAUGCGCCACAAAGACCUUUGUUGCUCAGACUUUUGGAUUGUCCAACCAGGCGAGCAAGCCAGCGCCCCUGAAUCCCCUGAUAAGGAAUUUUGGAGAAAUUGCCGAAAAGAUCCGGGGUGCUUAUGAUAUUGAACAAAGAGAAGAACUUUUAAGACACUUUGAUCAGUAUAUCGACGCCACGAGGGUAGAAACUGAGUUUGAGAAGAGUGAAUCAGUCCCCAGCCUGGAGAGGUACUGGGAGGUGAGGACUCUUACCAGUGGAAUGGGCACACUACUGGGAAUGUCAGAAUUUGCUCUCGGAGUCAAGCUUCCCAUGAGCGUCGUCACAUCAAGAGCCUACGAGACGCUGUGGCUGUCUACUAUUGUGAUCAAUUCAAUCGUCAACGACUUGAUCUCGCUAAAGAAGGAGAUGCGUGCCGGUAGCGUCCUGAGCUCCGUGGCCAUCAUGUUCCACGCGUCCAACGACCUGGACUUGGCCGUGCAGCUGUCGGUGGAUCACAUCCAGCAGCUCGUCGAGGUCUAUGACAGCACAGCCAUGAUGCUGCUCGAAGAUGUUGUGGAAGAUGUAGAGACGCGCCAGGCUCUAUCAAAAGUCAUUGACCUGUUCCGAAUGGUGAAUACUGGUAAUCUUGAGUGGAGCCUUGGCGCCAAGAGGUAUGGUGUUUCUGACUUUAUUCAAGAGGACGGGAGUAUCGAGGUAACUCUGUAA